AUGAACAUGAGCAAUAUAUUUGCUCAGCAAAAAAAUAUUGAUGACUUGUCUGAAAUAGAGGAUACCGUAAACCGACUCGACAGUAUGUUGAAUAAAGAAAAAAGUCAAUUAGAUUAUAUCGACGAAGAAAUGGAUUAUAUAAUGAAAAGAAACGGAAGCUCAAAGAAAAAACGAAAGGACCGUAAAACACCAAAAUUUUGGAUUGAACCGAUACCAGUAGUCGUGUUUGCAUGUAAUCGUCCGGAAUCUGUGCGUGUCCAUCUUGAAAAGUUGAUAAAGUUACGGCCGAGUAAGUAUAGAUUUCCAAUAACUGUUUCUCAAGACUGUGACAAUACACAAGUGACGUAUCAAAUCAAAAAAUUCGGCAAUCAAGUUGAAUACGUGAAGCACUCACCUGGAAUUGAUGCGAAUAUCUCAAUUCCGGCUAAAUUCGAGAAGUUCAGACUUUACUAUUACAUUUCAAGGCAUUACAAACUGGCACUCAGGCAUAUUUUCUCGAAACAUAACUAUUCAACUGUUAUUAUUACAGAAGGAUUGGGAUGGAUGAUGACGAGGCGUACAUGGAAUGAGCUUGAACCCACUUGGCCUGACGGAUUUUGGGAUGAAUAUAUGAGAGAACCAGCUCAAAGAAAAGGAAGACAGUGUAUUCGACCAGAAAUAAGUAGGACGGCAAUGAUGAAAUACGGUAGAUUUGGAGUUAGCAAAGGUCAAUUUCUGCGAUCACAUAUAUCUAAAAUCAAGUUGAACGAAGCUUUUAUUGACUUUUCUACACUCGAUUUAGAUUAUUUACUGCCAGAACCCUUCAAAAAAUCAAUGGAGGAAGAAGUAGAAAAAGCUCUACUGAUUGAUAUAGCGAGUAUCACAUCAGACACGUGGAAACCUGAAAAAGAACAUGUAAAAAUGAAAAUAAUGUACACUGGAAGAAAUGAUUUCAUUGAGAUAGCGAAAGCAAUUGGGCUGAUGUCAGACUUCAAAAUUGGAGUUCCUCGAACUGCAUACGAUGGAAUCGUCACCUGUGUCUACAACAACACAAGAAUAUUUUUAGUCCCUGAUCGUUCCAAAGUUUUGAAGUAUGAUCCGUCAUGGUGA